AUGUUCAAUCUAUUACCAGCAAACCAGAAACCAUCAAUCCUAUUCCGCACCGAGUGCCAUGCUAACUCUAGCUUCCGCAACGGCUACCUCUUAGCUGGAGACGGGCCCCUUCGAGUACGGGAAAAGUUGGAAAGCGAUAGACAAACCGACAUCGUCGUGAUUGCGGUAUGGGCACAGGAUUUGCUUCACGUGUACAGCGCAGAGGACACUGCCCGUACGCUCGAAUACUCCAACUCGGGAUCAGAUCCUCAAAGAAGGCUAGAUGCCCACGAAGAUGAGUCCCUCGUUGAAGGCGGCAUUGCGGCGGAUGAAUACCGCAUUCUUGCUGUCUUUGAGGGAGGGGGCCCUGAGCGGACGGUCGUCUUCGAGUCGCAGGAGCCUUCUUAUCGGAUAACUACCUCGAUUCCGGGUGAAUUCUUCCCUGGACUGAGAUCGGGCAACGCGCUGAGGGAUAUAGAGGAUGAAAUCUACCGUCGUUCAGGAAGGUGGGAUUGUAUGAAGCGGGACGAGCUUGUGAAGGCCAUCGCCAGGACGGACUGGACUCUCCAAAUCAUUUAG